AUGGCUGAAAAUGUCACCAUUGGAGCGCCGGUUCAUACACUGGUAGAUGCGUACGUCGCACUAAAUCACAAAUCAUCAUCAUCAUCGUACAGUGUCAGGUCCAUUGUAUCAAUAAUAGUCACCCAUUUUUUGACAGGUUCUCUUAUGUAUCACAUCACCGCCGAAUGGGAAGACAGGUAUAGAGUCUUGGAAGGUUGGCCGAAACUAUCUAGCUUGGCAAAAGGUGUUUGUCACAGUUUGUGGAAUUGGCAAGGGAAUGGGGUGAAGGCAUAA